UUUUCUUUUCCUUCUUUUUUGUUUGUAACCAGUAUGAACCAGGAUUCUCUUUUGCCUCGUUCUUUAUUUUCUGCUUCUACUCUAAAGAGAGAGCCUGUAGAAGAGGCUUUGAGUAUGAGUGUGCUAAAGUAAACAUGAAAAUAUUAAUAUGCGUAUGCAUAGGUUCCUUUCCUGGACAACAGCAACAACAGCCUAAGCGACGUAGAAAGAGCAUAACACAACAACAAACAUCAAACGAAGCUAUUGUACACCAUACAAAUGCUGCAAAUGAUCCAAGGCUUGGAAACCAAAAUCAACAAAAAUUGCGUAGUCAACAGGAAAUGGCACUCCUUGACGAAGACAUGGACGAUAAUAAUCACAAUGCUGAUACUAGCAGCAGCAGCAGCAGCAGCAGUAGCAGUAACAGUACCAGUAGCAGUAGCAGUAGCGAAGAUGAGAAUGAUGAUAUUGAAAUCAAUAUGCUUAGACAAGAUAAUGUGUCUACUGCUCAUAUCAGUCAUACUAUGCAUCAUCUCUUACUCAAGCUUGAAAGGCAACAAUCUAAACAAAACAAAUAUCUCGAGAAAUUCAAACAAUUGAAUAAAUCCAUCAAAAAGACCAACCGACUUAUUAGUUACAAUGCCAAUCUUUUGACACAAACCGCAGACAAUACAAAAUCAGCAGCAGCUUCUCCAUCUUCUACACCUGUUUUUCCUCCACAAACAGCAAAGCGAUCAACGCCUAUUGAAACUUCUAAAAAUAAGCAGCAACAAAAACAACAAAAACAACACAACAUUGACAUCAGUAGUGAUGAAGAAGAUAUCGAACUCAAUGUCGCAUCAACACAACAACAACAGCAACGAGCAUCUAAUAAAUCCUUUACUCGAUUCCCAUUUCCUGCACCAUCCAAGAUUACACCCAUUAGAAAAGUGUUUAAAGAAGUAGAAUUCAGUAAAAGUGAUCGUAUGGAUAUCUUUACUCCUAGACGUAAGCAAGGCGAAGUCAUGUUUAAAAAGAAGCCACGCUCUUUAUUGUACAAUAUUGCAAACGAAAACACAGCAAAAGGCAUUCAUGAACUUAUGAUUACCACUUCGCUUGAUGGUGAGUUACAUUUCUGGAAUACAGAAGAAAGAAAAAAAAUCAAGACAAUUGGUUCAGAUCACUUAUAUGAUACAUGGAUUGAUGGCAUUUGUUGGGCAACACCUGCCACACUAGCAUUUUGUCCACCACAAAAAUCAGAAGAACCUGUCAAGUUAAUACAUAUCGGAAACACCAGCAAAACCAAUGUAGAAGGCCGUAUUCAAAGUUUAGAUGACAGUCCUCAUGAAAAUGGUAUUUCUGUGAUUGAGAGCUUGGAUACAGGUGCUUAUAAUACACGUACAAUGGAGAAAUGUAGUUUCUUGACAGGCGGUUAUGAUAAAAGUGUGUAUGUUUGGAGUUUAAAGAGAGAAUCUCCUCACGAUAAUUUUACAAAUGCAGAUGUCAGUCGCCUUAAUAUCAAACACACUUCCUACAUCUUGUCACUUUGCUAUGACAAAUACCACAAUACUUUGUUCACAGGUGGUGCAGAUGAGCGUCUGAUUUUGUUUGAUAUGCAGACAGACUCUACAAUCCGAGAAAUGAGAUUAGGUCAGCGAGUCAAUCAAAUCAUGCAAAGCAAGGCUAAUCCCAACAUUAUGCUGAUCACUGUGUCUUCUACUGUAGAACAGUUCUCCAUGUACGAUCAAAGAUGCCCUGGAUUUGAUGGUAUCAAAUUACGAUUUGGUCAACCUGAGCAAGAUAAUCUUUCUCGGUUUACUAAACCAGAUAUGCAUGAGAAUGGAUACACUGUAUGUUGCGGAUCACAAGGAUCCUCCAAACUCAAUUUUUGGGACUUGAGAUACACAGGUGUUGCAAGAAACAUAUCAUUUUCCAUGGACACACCUUCUACCUCUAAGAUAUUGAUCCCAAAGUUUAUACCAAAUACAAACACGGUUGUCUCUGUGUCUUCUACACGCUCUAUGAGCUGGAUAGAUUAUCAGAUCAAACAAGACGAAAUUGUAAAGACACUCAUGUAAUUAUUUUUCUUUUUUAAUGAUAAUAAACAGAC